GGCUGAACAACUGUCAACUUGACGUCUGAUCGCUGCAACGCUUGCCCAACACAUAAUCAUCAGCUCAAAUUUGGCAGGCAUAUCGAUUUCAGACUUCACGAAAUAUUAUAGACAGCCAGAGCUUCGUAUAUUGAACGAAGCUGCAAUACCUUGACCGAACCUACGACACCAACUGCGCAAUUCUCUCACGUCAUUCCGCGAAAUGUCCGCCCUCUUCAACUUUCAGUCCCUCCUUCUCGUCAUCCUCCUCUUCAUCUGCACGAGCACUUAUGUGCACGGUUUGGCCCCGAAGUUCAUGAACAACAACAAGCAGGGGUUCAUGGGACCGUUCUGGAAAGCCGCGAGGAUAGGAGAACGACUGAGUCCGUACAUAGCGCUGUGUUGCACGGCCAUGGCAGUAUGUCGGCUUUCUUUCUAUAGUCUACCCAUCAUGCUAUCCUAUUGACAUUCUUCAUCUAGAUCAGUUUGUU